AUGCGACAGAAAAUCACUCGCGAUCGUCCGCCAGUCACUCUACUACAGACAGAAACCCAUCGAGGCCCGGUCAUAAUUCGUCACCCUGGCUACGAAGACCCCCUCAACGUGAUAUUCAAGUUCAAUCCUCCUGACGAUGACGUCGCUGAAGGCCCUCAAAGACGGAGGGGUAUCUACGGCCAGGUUGUCUUUGAUGCCUGUAUGGUCGUUGCUGGCAAUCCUGAUACUAAGUGUUGGCUUUCGGGUUCACGAAAUGGCGACUUCGCAACCGGUGCCAUUGAUGUCGAUGAAGUGCUCUAUGAUAGCGGAAAGCCAUAUGGAAUCGUCCCGACGUUUCGAGAAUGGCGCUUUCCUCAUCAACGAGUCCCUCGACACUGGGUAAAGGCUGCAUCUCAAUCGAAUCCCAGUACGAUUACCUUGGCCUCCAAUAACAUCGCCGAUGCCUUACGUAUUCGAGACGCACGUUGUCGUAUUUCGGGAGAGCCUGACGUAACGGAUGUGGCACAUAUCGUACCGACCUCGGAGGAGGACUGGUGGCACAGAAAUGCUCUACAUGAGUAUAACAACAACGAAAAGGCCGAAGUUACCCAGGACAAUGUGGCCAAUACUAUGCUUUUGCGCCCAGACCUACACCGUGCAUUUGAUGCUUCCAAGUUUAUCAUCGUCCCAAAACCAUCAUCAGCCGAGAAAUGGGAAUUCACUAUUCACCUCAUGUCUAUGUCAUCAGCUUACAGGCAUCGCUGGCAUAACUACACUCUCAUAGUGCCUCAAUAUUACCCUGAGCCGCUCUACGCUCGUUUUGCUUGGUCCAUGUUCAAGUCUUUGCAACCUUUCCUGGGGUCCCAUCGUCGUCGCAUGCUGGCCACGUCUACAGGAGUGAGGUACGAUACGGACGCCGAGGGCUAUGCGACUGAGAAAGCAUGUGAAAAGUUCCUGGAUCGCUCGGCAUCCGAAUCAUCAAAAACGCGGAAGACCAAUGGAGGUUCAGGCAAGUUUGGAGGUCCUUUCCCAGUGGAUGAUGAUGUUGAGUUGACCGAAGAUUUGAUGGCCAAUUCAUUCUCAUCAGGAACUUUAUCAACGUCCGCAUCGGUUACGAAAACCAGCAACGGGUCUAGCACACACUCAGCGAGUGAUUUCAUCUUCGUGGAUCUAAGCCUUCCACAUCGACCCACUGUGGCCACAUCUUCUCUGACGAAGGAACGAGAACCAUCCGAUCCAGAUGGUCAAUGGAUGAAACAACAAAGGGAGGACCUAGAAUUCUACAAAGAAGGAGAGAUGGAAGCCAAGACGUUUGGUCGUGAAGACUCGGUGUUUUUGAAUUCCACGCAAAGUCAAGGGGUGGAAUCCAGGCAUCCUUGGAGGAGCAGGGACGGCGAACUUGUGUAA